AUGGAUCAGCAUCGUCGGUUCGAGCUCUCCGACCUCUAUCCCCGAGAGCCUGAUCUCUUCAAGACAGACCGCGACGGCGAGGACCUCAGCUUCGCGCCCUUGCUCAACUCGGGACGCGAGAUCAGUGUCGUGGAGCUGUCCAAGUCGGGCUACGAUCCCAAGCUCUGGCUGCAUUCGCCCACACGAGGCAUCCUCCCAGCGUGGCUAGGUCCAGAAAGAGAGAGGCCUUCUCCGCUCUCUGCGUGGCUGGCGUAA